AUGAGCUCCUACUUUGUGAACUCGUUCUCGGGGCGAUACGCGAAUGAUUAUCAACAACUGCUGAAUUAUGGAGGCGCGGGCAGCGGCGGAGGAGGCGGUGGCAGUGGGACCGGGACCGGCGCCGCGUACAGGGACCCCACCGCGAUGCAUCACCCGGGGACUGCUGGCUACGGCUACGGGUACAAUGGCAUGGAUCUGUCCGUGAGCAACACCGGGAGAAGCGGUGGGAGCGGCGCGUUCGGAGGAGGGGAAGGUGGAAGAGGCUUCGUAGGUGGCACGGAGCCGCGUGGAGGCUACAGCAGGCAGGGAACCGCGACCUGCUCCCUGACUGACGCGCUCCUGUCACCGCGUCACAGCAGCAGCAGCAGUGGCAGUGGAGGCGGGGAGGAUGAGGCUAAACUUGGGUCCAAACAGCAGGAGAGCAGCGGUGGCAGCGGCGUUGGAAGUUUGUGUCAAGCCUCUGAAAGCAUCGCCUCCAAGCGCUUCACCGACUUGGAAGAGCCAGACGUGGAGGAGCAGCAGCAGCAGCAGCAGCAGCAGAAGCAGGUCUCCGCGGGGGCAGAGGCUCCGCAGAUAUUCCCCUGGAUGAGGAAGCUCCACAUAAGCCACGAUAUGACGGGUCCGGACGGGAAGCGAGCGCGCACGGCGUACACGCGGUACCAGACGCUGGAGCUGGAGAAGGAGUUCCACUUCAACCGGUACCUGACGCGGCGGCGGCGCAUCGAGAUUGCGCACGCGCUCUGCCUCACGGAACGACAAAUCAAGAUCUGGUUCCAAAACCGACGCAUGAAGUGGAAGAAGGACAACAAACUGAAAAGCAUGACCCUGACCACGGGGAGCGCAUUCCAGCCUUAG